GCAUGAUGUGAUUAGGGUAUUUUGGUUGGGAAAACAGCCCACCACCUACGCGGAUUUAUCUCCAUUUUUGCUGGUACGAAGGCAUAGGGUACUUACGGCUCUCCAAUAUCUAACACGACAUAAUCAUGUUUAUCACAAUGUUACCGUCAACCAUCAAAUGAUCGACACAUGGGAUGACGACUUCAUUCCAGCCGAACUUCAAGAGAAUAUUAUUUCUGUGGAUCUGCCAGAUAGCCUGGAACGAGAGGGCUACUCGGUUCAUUUGGAUGCUGGUAACCACGAAAAUGAUUUCCAGGCUGCACAAGAUACUGACCGGGAGAUGGGUAUCAAUGCGCCACUGGUGACUGGGUCUGUCUCCACUGAUAUUAACGGUGAACGACAGAGCCCCGAGAGGCGCCUCUUGAAAGCCUUGUUGGACAUAGUUUCGAACCCUCCCGCAUCAUCCAUCCAACAUACGCUUACACAUGGCCAGCAGCAAAUACCUAGCCUUUUAUACAGAAUUCGGGGCCAGGCAACCCUUGUAGACCAUUGGCAUGAUGCAGCGUACUUUACUGGAGCCUUUCCAACUUUGUUUCCGCUGGGCAUCGGAGGUCAUCUGGACGAACGCUCAUUGGACGUCUCUUUAUCUUCUUUUGCGGAGUGGGCACUGAAGCACCACAGCAGGAGAUUCGCGCGCCACAAAACUUUCAUGUAUCUGAUAUACGACGUGCUCCAGAUUCGAAAAUCUUCACUCGCGAAUAAAUUGGUUCUUCAACGUCGGCACUGGUCAUCAACCACUGGCGAUAUUUCUUCUCUCACAGAGGAUCGCCUUCGUGAUGCGCUGCGCGAUCUAGAGAACCAUCAUGAAAUCAAAGAUCCAGCGAUUUCCCGUCUGCUACAUGUUAUGAAAGCAAUUGCCAUGUGGGUCCCUGGAUCUUUCGCUCAAAAAUUGAGAAUGCGCUCUGAAAUCCGAGGUCUCAUCGUCCGUUUUGGAAUGCCUGCUUUUUGGAUUACCAUCAACCCCUCGGAUUUACGAAGUCCACUUGUCAUCAUCUUGGCUGGUGUUGAGUAUUCCGACGAUAUCUUGUCGGCCUCGAAUUCCGCUAUUCGAGAUGCGACCGCCACGUCCAACCCAGUGGCGGUUGCCUCAUUUUUCCAUAAUGUCUGUACCGCUGUUUUGGAAGGAUUGUUCGCCAGCGGGCGCGAUCGCACUGGAAUUCUCGGCGAUGUUUCAAACCAUUAUGGCGUGGUUGAGACCAAUGGCAGGGGGAUGUUGCAUUUACACGCAAUGGUGUGGCUCAAAGGCAACCUCUCAUUUGUUAAUCUGCGAAGCCGCGUCCUAGCCGACGCUGACUUUGCUACGCGCGUACUCCAUUACCUCGAAAGUGUCAUCAUCCAGAGCGUAGAUGAGAGUACUCCCGUUGACCCGGAAGUCAAUCUUGCGCCAAUGUGCCCCUCGGCUUCCGACCCAGAGUCGGAUCAUGAUUUCCACCUCAGACUAUUCAAUGAUAGCAACCUUGUUGCUCGGUCUAAACAAUUGCACUCCAAAAGGCACUUCGCCACGUGCUUCAAAUACCGCCCGACAGACCGGUCUAAAAGCACGUGUCGCUUUGGGAUGCCCCGUGAAAUCGUUCUAUCGUCCAAGAUCGACGAUCUUGGGGUGAUUCACUUAGCUCGGAAUCAUCCCUGGAUAAACCCGUGGAAUCCCACCAUUGCCAGCUGUCUCCGUUCAAAUCAUGAUAUCUCUUGGAUCCCGACCGUCUCAAAAUCGUUGGCUUUAGUAUACUACAUCACCAACUACGCCACUAAAGACGACGUGUCUCCAUGGCAGAUGAUAGCAAAAGGAGCACUCUUGAAGCAAGCGAUCGAAAAGGCAAAAACCGCUGACCCACCACCCCGCAAUCUGGCGCACGACCGGGAAGUGGGCGGUGUUCAGGUCGCCAGUACGCUGCUCCAUCUUCCUAACUACUACACUGUCAACACCAAUUUCGUCCAUGUCAACCUGUGGUGGCUUAGGCAGUACGUACGUGAUCUUCAACGUGGGUCCAGUACAGACGCUGAUGAUUCCGCUGGAACUGCCGACGAGCCCUGUACAUUCCAAGCUGGGGAUACAGCUCCAGUGAGAAGCAAGCGAAGGAAUCAUCCCGAUCACUUUGACUUUCACCCGCGCCACCCAAGACGUAGUGCCUGUGUCCAGCAUGUCGCCCGCUCAUCAUCCCAGAUAGCCACCGUCGCAUUCAGUGGGCAACUCACACAGUACCAAACGGCGGAAGACUCCAUUCGCGGAGGGCAUCCGAUGACCGAUGCCAUUGCGAAUGAUCUCGCGGAGAUAUUUCUCGGUCUUUUUGUUCCCUGGGACAAACUACGCGAUAGGUGUCUUUGUGAACCUCCCGAAACCAAUAUCUUGUCUCACAUCUGGUCGUCGGUCAAACCCACGCUUGCGCCACAUAUCCAAGAAUUUGCCGCUAAUAUCGAGCUUCUCCGGAAAUCCAAGGAAGACUGCCAGAUAGACGCUAGAUUACGACACUCUAUGAACAACCCCGCCGAGCUGUUCGACCGCCAUGUUGAUCACAUGGAUUCGGCCGACCUUGAGCGGAUAGACACACAGGAUAACGAUUGUUUCGUAACUCCUGAGGAUGAGAGGUUCACGGCGGAGACUUUGAUUGCCGCCUAUAAUACUGUGAGCACGACCUGGGGCCGUGAUUGUUUUAUGGCUGCGAAGAGAACAGCAAUCCUGGCAACUUUCUGCCGAGCACACAACUCCGCACGGAUAAACCCGCUUCCUUCCAGUACUCAUUCUCUCCGAUCAGAUCACUCCUUGGAUUUUAAAUUUGUCCCACCCACGGUCCUACGGGACUGGGAAAGCCACCUAACCAACCAUAAGAAACCCUUUCAGGACGGCGGCCCGUCUGAACCUGCUACCGCUCAACUGCAUGAAUUUGAUUUAGCAGAUGAAGACGGCGUGCUGCAACCCGUAUUGACCAACGCAAGCAUGUCUGGUGAAACUCCAGCACGGCUUGCUCUCCUCGGAAAUCCAACGCCAGAUUCUGUGCUGACGCUGGUCGCCACAGAUAUCCCACUGAAUAGGAAGCAAUCGCUCGUGGUGCGGAAGUUACUAACUGAAAUUAUCAUGUGGGCUGAUCAUUCAUGUGAUCCAUCAAGGCGCAAGCAACUUCUCCUCUGCAUUACGGGCGAAGGUGGCACGGGUAAGACCCAGAUACCUAAGGCCAUCGAAGCCGCUCUGGAUAUUCUUGGUCGGAAACACGAGAUCAUCCUGACCGCCCCCACGGGGGCUGCAGCAGACAAUUUAGGAGGUAACACCUAUCAUACUUCUCUUGGCAUCAAUCUUUCCUAUAAAGCAGCCAUCAGCACCCGCGUUAGAAGGCUAUGGGCGCAAAAGACUAUCUUGGUUAUUGACGAAAUGAGCAUGGUGGAUUUGAGAAUGCUAAGCGUGAUCAACAAUCAAUGCAAAGUCGCUCGGUCACUGCCAAGAUCCUCUCCCGACCUUUUUGGUGGCCUUCCCAUCGUGAUUCUUAUGGGCGAUUUCUUCCAGUUCCCUCCUGUUCGCGGCCCACCACUAUGGAAAAAACCAAGAUAUGGAGUUGAUGAGGACGCCGCCGGCCGGCUGGUCUGGCAUAGAUUUGAACACGUCAUCAUUCUCGAUGAGCAAAUGAGACAAUCCGAAGAUCCUUCGUUUCAUGAGUUCUUGACACGCAUGAGGCGAGCAGCAUUGACCGAGGACGAUGUUACCCGCCUGAAUUCCAAAUCCAUCCCCUCACUUGUAGAUCCAACCUCGGAGGAUGCCACUGUCAUUGUCAAAUUAAACGCCAUGCGACACUCGAUCAACCGGAUCCGUAUCGAGAAUUUUGCUCAAAGAAGAUCUCAGCGGAUUUAUGUCUUUGCCGCGAUUCACUCCCGGACUAAAUCAACUGCCCCCGUAAACCUUCGACUUCAAGCUCAUGACUUGUUGCUCCAGCCAGAUCACAGUGCCCAGGUCCCAUUUCCAGGUCUUCUUCUUUAUACGAGAGAUAUGCCAACCGUCAUGCUCACUAACGCCUGCACCCCUCUUGGCCAGGUCAACGGUGCCACGGGCACCGCAGUGGGAGUUGUUUUGGAUCCAACUGGAAAGUUUCUGUUCCACAUAUGGGAUCCUAAAGCAUCACUAAUACCGCCUGCCUCCGUGAUAUUCAAACCGGAUCGAAUUUUGCAAACGCAUUUUGACCAUCUUCCACCUUCAACCAUGCCGAUCUUCCCAAUAGAACGUUCUAUCACCGUGAAAGGCCUGUCUGUGAGAAGGAAGCAGAUCCCAAUCUACCCCGCUUUCUGUCUCGCCGAUUACAAAGUGCAAGGCUCGACUCUCUCUGCCGCGAUCCUAGACCUAAAGAACGGCACAGCCCGACGAGGACAAGAUUCUCACCGGAAGUACUGCUCCCUUUACGUUCAACUUUCCAGGCUGCGGUCUUUCCAUGGUCUCCAUUUACUCGAGAAGAUUAGUUUUGAUGAUCUCCGCUUCUCUCCCGAUCCCGACCUUAUCGUGGAAAUGGAUAGACUGCGUGCUUUAGAAGCCAAAACACUUGCGGCUUGGGCGUGA